AUGCUGGCGAAGGAUCCCAGCUUUGACCGGAAUGAGCGCCUGAAGCUUCCCAUUGGCAUUCCCAGUACGGAGCUGAUUGAGGUGGAUGCCGACACCGAGGGCGCCAUGGUCACCCCCGACAACAGAUUCGUCAUCCGCAAGCCAAAGACCGGCAUGCAGAUUCGCGGUGCCAUCAAGUUGGAUGUGCCUGAUGACCUCAAGUGCCCCGUGUGCUCCAAGCUUGUCAAGUUGGCCAUACGCACACCUUGCUGCAAUCGCAUCAUCUGCAAUGAUUGUCUGAUGUCCCGCGCUGGCAUGACCUCGGUCUGCCCCAUGUGCAAGGAGGAGUUUGAUUGGGGAAAAGUGCGGGAAGACCAUGAGACACGCAAGAAAGCAUCAACGUUCCUGCAGCGCAGGCAUUCGCCCCACACAGCCACCAACUCGCCACGCUCCAGUGAAGAAGACGACAGCCGCCGCCGCAGCCGCAGUAGCAGUCGCAGUCGCAGUCGCAGUCGCAGUCGCAGUCGCAGUCGAAGCAGCAGCCGAAGCCGAAGCCGAAGCCGAAGCCGAAGUCCUCUCCGUGGUGAUCGUAGAGGCGGAGCACGCCAUAAGCGUGGCACUUACAUGCACUCGCAGCAGCACUCGCAGCAGCACCCUCAGCAACACAUGAUGCCGCCUCAUUCGAUGCAGCCACAAAUGAUGCCGCACAUGCAACCCAUGCAACCCAUGCAACAUAUGCAGCCCACGCACCCCAUGCAGGGUUGGGCGCCGUUUGGCGGACCAGGCAUGCCACAGCCAAACAUGCCACAGCCGGGCAUGGCGCGUGCAACAGCAGCAGCAGCACCACCGCCGCCGCCACACAUGCAACCCAUGUACCGUGGCCCUGGGAUUAGUGGGCCCGCCCCGGGGCAACCGUUCCGACCAGGCUUGAUGAUGCCGCCCGGUACUGGCCAUCCCUACCCUCGGCCCAUGAUGGGUGCCGGUGGACCGCCUCCGUAUGGGCAGCCAAUGAUGCCCACGCCGUACGGUGGUCACCACGUGCAACAGCAUCACCAGCAGCAGUCGCUUCACAUGCCGCCACGCCCUGCUGGUGCGUUGCUGAGCACGCCUGCUCAGUACGCACGCCCACUGCAAGAGCCUCGCCAGAAUGGUGGAGGGGAUGGCGGCAGGGCCAAGUAUGGCGAGCGACGCGGCAGCGGCAGCGGCGACAACGACGGCGAUGACCACAGCGGCAGCGACAACGAGCGCUAUGGUGUUGACUACGCCACCGACAAGGACGGCGAGCAUCACAACCGCAGCCGCAGCCGCCGCAGCCGCAGCCGCCAUCGUUCCCGCCACCAUGACCGUGACCGUGACCGUGACCGUGACCAUGACCGCGAGCGCGAGCGCAGUCGCAGACAUCGACACCGCCACCGAGAAGACGACGAUACUGAAGGUGAAGAUAGCAAGAAGGAGGGACGUGGCGACGCAGAGAGGAGAGGGCGGCGGCACCGCAGUGGCGACAGGGACAGGCACCGCGACCGCAGCAAGGAUCGGCACCGCCGUCGGCACCGCUCACGCGAUGACGAUGCGGACGACAAGGGUCAUCGCGACAAGGACAGGUCAUCCUCGCAUCGCCGCCGCCACCACCACCGUCGUGAGCGUCGCAAAGACGAGGAAGAGGGCGAGAGUGAGCGAAGGCAUCGGCACCGCACCAGUCGCCACGGCGACGACAAGCGUGACGAUGGCACUGAUGCGAAACAGCGCGACACGCACCGCCAUCGCAGCUCAAAGAAGCACCACCGACAUGACAAGGAGGAGGAUAAGAGGAAGAAGGAGGAGUCAGCCACGCAUCGCGGCAAGAAAAGCAGCCACAGUGAUCGCAGCAGUUCUCGCAGGAAGGAGUGA